GAUGGUAAAGAGAAAGUGAAGGAGAGAAACCAACCACUCCACUCUCUUCACUUCACCUAAUAUCAAGAAAUGGGGCUUUUCCUUGCCAUCGUCUGCGUCCUGUUGUUGCUCUUCCCCUUGGGUAAAUGUGAUCUAAGGCUAAAUUAUUACUCAGAGAGUUGUCCGAGAGCGGAGGAGAUUAUCAAGGAAGAGGUUGAGAAGCUGUACCAAAAGCACGGGAAUACAGCCGUUUCAUGGGUUCGAAACCUUUUCCACGACUGCAUGGUCAAGUCAUGUGAUGCGUCGCUCUUGCUAGAGGCGGCCGAUGGCAUAGCAUCGGAGAAGGAUUCGGAAAGGAACUUUGGGAUGAGGAAUUUCAAAUAUAUAAACACAAUCAAGAAUGCAGUCGAAAGUGAGUGUCCCGUGACGGUUUCCUGUGCAGAUGUAGUUGCUCUUUCUGCUAGAGAAGGCGUUGUCAUGCUGGGGGGACCUUAUAUUGGCAUGAAAACAGGGAGAAGAGACAGCAAGGAAAGUCACGCUGCAGAGGUCGCCGACUUCAUUCCACAGCACAAUGAAAGCAUAUCUCUAGUUCUCUCGCGAUUUCAGUCCAUGGGUAUUGACAUAGAAGGAACAGUCGCCCUGUUAGGAGCACAUUCAGUGGGGCGAGUACACUGCAUAAAUCUUGUACACAGGCUCUAUCCUGACAUCGAUCCCACCCUUGAUCCUGAAUAUGGCGAGUACCUUAGAGGCCGCUGCCCAUCUCCACAGCCCAAUCCAAAGGAAGUAGAAUAUGCUCGAAAUGACCGAGAAACGCCUAUGGUACUCGAUAAUAUGUACUACAAGAACCUGUUAAGCCACAGAGGGUUGUUGCUAGUCGAUCAACAGCUCGUUUCAGAUAACUCCACAUCUCCCUUUGUGGAGAAGAUGGCCGCAGACAAUGACUACUUCCGUGACCAGUUCUCCAGUGCCAUGAUCUUGCUAUCGGAAAACAAUCCGCUUACUGGCGAUCUUGGGGAGAUAAGAAAGGAUUGUCGGUUUGUUAAUAAGUAUCAGUAGUAAUCUCUCAAGUAUAGAAAGGAUAAAAAGGAAGAAAAGGGCAAAGAAGCACAUGAUCCAGGCUUGCUUUCUUUUAGCAUGUGAACGUUUCUUCGCAUGUCGUUUGUUCAUGAAAAAAAAAAAGAAAAAGAGCUGGAGA